CAUCUUACUAAUGCAAACGCUUGCUACUUCCAUUUGAGAAAAGUUAACCAUUGAUUUUAGGCAUAGACUAGUAAUCACUAAUCAAAUAAAUACCAAUUGUUGCAUCACUGGGUUAUUAUCUUAAAUAAUUAUAUGAAUAAGGUUCAGUAGUGUAGAAAAGAUCUUUAUCAUUACUAUUGACUUUACUCCUAGUCAUAUAAUCUCGUAUGAGAUAAAAGAUUUGAGUGUGUUCUUUAAUUGUUCAAGAAAGAUAAAUUCAGCGGCUGCAUUGUCAACAAUGAUGCAAUAAGCCAAUAUUUGACUUUUAUGAAAAUAUAUAUGUCUAGAACCAACGAUAAUCCUCAAAUUUAGCAAGUAUCAAAGCCUUGUUUGUUGAUUUAAAUAGGGUGAUGGAAGGAUUUAUUAUCCGUCUUGAAGAGAGAUUUGAUUUGAAAUUGACCGAUAAAAACCAUCAUUUUGAAGAGGUAUGUUGAAAUUCACAUAAGAAGUUUAAAAAAAGUAACAUUAAUAUGUAAAACAUUAGAGCAUAAAUUUCUGUAGAUUUUUAUGUGUUUCGCCUUUGGAAUCCACAAAAAGUUUAAAAAGCGGUCACAAAAGAUGUGGGAUAAGGAUCGAUUAUGAUAAGUUUGUUGGAAUGUUCUCGAGAGUCACCGACAUGUGACGGUUCACGAUUGAUGAGUUUAAAAAAAACAAUUAUUUAGUCAAAGAAAAAUAAAAAAAAAUAAUAUUUUUUAAAAAACCUUUAAGGAUAAUCAUGGUCUUAGGACCAAUUACUUUUCUGUUGAAAUUCCAUGGGAAACCCGGAUCUAAGAAGAUCCAGGCAACUACCAUAAUAUAAUAAUCCCAACACAAGUAGAAAAAAAACACACCCAAUAAUCAUACCGAAUUGUUUUGAAAAGAAUCAUAAAUCAAACGCAUAUAUCGAAUACGACUACCAAAACCAACUCAAUCCCUUAAAAAGCCGCAAUUGAAUUUAAACCAUCACAAAAUCUUAAGUCUAUAUCUCAUCACGUUCUCAAAACAAAUAAUUAAACGAAUAUAUUAUCUAUGAUUAUGAGUCAACAUUUCUUUGUCGUCAUGCUUCUUGAAGACAUAUAUACGUCAUUCCUCACUUUCAAUAAUAGUGCAUAUCAACGUGACUUCCCUGAACGUAAUACGUAAGUACCUGGUCCACAUUUAACGGACGGACAUUCUUUUCUGAAGCUCUAGACAUUAUCGGACCCAUCAACCGUCGCAAAAUUGCAGAACCGCGAGCUUCACUUUUCUUAUGCUUAUGCUUGCGUCUUAUUCACCUUGGUGUUCGUCUUGCACCGCACCCCUUAUAUGCGCUUGUCUAAGCAUCUGAUCCAGAUGAAGCUUCGAUCUUUUAUUAUUUUCUUCCACAUCGAGGGCUUCACGAAAACCAUCUUCAAACUCUCUCUCUCCAGGAGCAAAAAUUAAACCUAAAUCAUAACGGCUCUAACAAGUAACAAGUAAAAUCAGGGCAUUAUAAAGAACAAGUAAAUUAGGGUUUUAUGAUUACCAAAAAAAUAGGGUUUUAAAUUUUAUAAUAAUAUUGUAAAAUGUAAUGGGCCUGUGGCCCAUUUAUGGAUGGUAAAUGCAUGCAACGGGGUAAUGUCUACGUCAGUCUUCAGCUUUUUCGAACCUUUUCUUAUGACCGUUCGAUUUGGUUUCUUUGAGAAUCAAUGGUUCCAAGUAUAAAAUGCAUAAAUUUGUUAUAAACGUGUGGAGUGGAGAGUGAUAAUUAAUUACAAGAACACAAAACCAAAUCUCCCUCUACUCACGGAAUCUGAUACCUGAGUGGAGCAAAGCCUUACUUCAAGUAUUAUCAACCUCCUUUACGAUUCUGUGAUACUUGUUUAAUCUGUUUCUUUUGUCUCGCUCUGGUUAAGUAAAGAAUCUGUUUCUUGCUUGGAAAGCAAUAUGGAUGUUUAAAGUUUUCUUGUUCUUGUUUAAUGCAUGCUAAACCAAAAAAAAUAACCGAAUGAGGAUGAUGAUGACGAAUGUGUUUAGUCGAAUUGAUCUUUCGAGUUUCGUUACAGGUACAACAGAACAUACGUGGCAACCAACAAUGUCUGCAGAGACAAACAUCCCAAGUUACUGGCUUAACUGGAGAUUCUUUGUCUGCGCAAUCUUCAUCUUAACGUCCCUGUUUCUAUCUUCUUUCCUCAUUUGGAAAUACGAAGGACCUGUAAAACGCAAGGCUGAUGAUCAAAGAGAACCGGUAGGAGUUGUAUACGAUGAUGAAACUUGGAAUACUUGCGUGGCAAGGAUUCAUCCGAAUUGGCUUUUAGGUUUUCGAGUUUUCGGUUUUGUUGUUCUUUUGGGACUCAUCUCUGGUAAUGCCAUAGCUGAUGGAGCCAGCAUCUUCAUCUUUUACACUCAAUUGACUUUCAUAUUGGUCACAAUCUACUUUGGGCUUGGAGCCUUGUUGUCCAUAUACAGAUAUAAAUCUGGUGAGAAUUGUCUGAACGGAGUCAGUACAGCUGAUGAAGAGCUAGGGUCGUAUAGACCUCCCAUGAAUGGCGAAAAUUCGAAUGUGUUUAAAUUCUCAAACGGACACGAGAGACACAACACGUCUACACGUCAAGUUGCAUCUACAUUGGGUUACAUCCAUCAGGCUCUUUAUCAAACUUGUGGAGGAGCAGUAUUGCUCACAGAUGGUGUGUUUUGGUUCAUUAUCUACCCUUUUCUCACAUCCAAAGAUUUCAGUCUCAGUUUUUUCAUUGUGGUUAUGCACUCGGUCAACGCUGUCUUCCUCCUCGGUGAAACUUUCUUGAACUCUCUGCGAUUCCCAUUGUUCAGGAUUUCAUACUUUGUGGUAUGGACAGGCGUAUUCGUGCUAUUCCAAUGGAUCGUUCAUGCUUGUGUCUCCUUCUGGUGGCCAUACCCAUUCUUGGAUGUAUCAUCAGCCUAUGCUCCUUUAUGGUAUGCUGCUGUUGGGUUGAUGCACUUACCAUGCUUUGGAUUAUUUGCUUUGAUCGUGAAGUUGAAGUACUUGUGGCUCUCAAAAUGUUUCUCAGAUGAACCAUAUAGUAAUAGAUAGCAUAAUGCAUAUAUAUACUUGAAUGCCUAUAGAACAUAGUACAAAGAAAAAUGUUUAAGACUCUCAUGUACAGGUUCAGGUCCACUCUCCUAUUCUCCUGCCUUCUUUAUCAAUUUUUUUUUUUUUUUGUAAAUAAUAACAUUCAAAGUUAGUUUUGAAGGAACAGAUAUAAUCACUU